AUGUUUUGGAAGUUUAACAUAUUAACCAAUACACAUAUAGAUAGUCUACUAGAAAAAGAGGAUGUCACAUUACAUGAACUUAUGGAUGAGGAUGAUAUUCUUCAAGAAUGUAAAGCUCAAAAUAGGAAAUUAAUAGAAUUUUUGGUUUUACCUGAGAAUAUGGAAGCCAUGGUUAAUAUGAUAACAACUGAACCCUCAGAGGAUGUUGAGGAAAAAGUUAGAUUUAAGUAUCCUAAUACAGCAUGUGAAUUAUUAACAUCUGAUGUGUCACAGAUAAAUGAUAAAUUAGCUGGUGAUGAAGACUUAGUAGAUAAACUUUAUUCCUUCUUGGAAUCAGAGGCACCAUUAAAUCCAUUAUUAGCCAGUUUUUUUAGUAAAGUUAUGGGUAUUUUAAUAACUCGGAAGAGUGAAAUGAUAUUUGAGUAUUUGAAAGGUCGUAAAGAUUUUGUUGGUAGUUUAUUAAAUCAUAUAGGUACAUCAGCUAUAAUGGAUUUAUUAUUACGAUUAAUAACCUGUAUAGAAACAUUAUCAACUAGGAGAGCUGUAAUUGAAUGGUUAAAUGAACAGAAAGUAGUAGAAAGAUUAGUAGCUAGUAUAGUACCAGAGAAAGAUGAAGAUAUUCACUGUAAUGCAGCCCAAUCAUUAUGUGAUAUUGUAAGAUUAGGCAGAGAACAGAUUAUGCAGCAACAAGAUUCUUCUGACCCUGAUCCCCUUUUAAUCACUAUGGAAUUAGAAGAAACUGUAAGUCAAUUAUUAUGUAAUAUGUUAGAUACCAAUAAAAACGAAUCAGUGUUAGUAAAUGGUUUAUUUGUUAUACAUACCUUGUUAGAAGUUCGGAGACAAGGGCCGGAAGGUUCCACAGAUCAGAUGUCACAGAUAGAUACUGAUAGGUUAUCACAGGGUGUUAAUAGUGUUUUAACAGCUAUAACUCCUCGAUUAAAAGACUUCCAUAAUUUACUCUUAGAUCCACCAAAGCAAAGAUUUAGUGCAAUGCCAACCUCUGCUGGUCAUUUAGACCCACCUUUAGGGAAUACCCGUUUACAAAUAGCUAAAUUAAUUACGGCAUUAAUAUCAACUAAUACCCAUCUUGUAAAUAUAGAAUUAACUAAUUUAAAUACUGUCCAUGUUUUAUUGGAUCUUUAUUUUAAAUAUAUAUGGAAUAAUUUUUUACAUACCCAAGUAGAGCAAUGUUUAUCUACAAUACUCACUAAUGUACCUAUUGAUAUAGAUGGUAAUAGACAACAUCCUUUAUUAGCUCAGUUAUUUUCAGGGUGUAAACUAAUAGAAAGAUUAAUUAAUGAAUGGGAAGAUAAUGAUGUUUAUGAGGGUAAAGAAAAUGGUAAACGAAAAGGGUUUAUGGGUCAUUUAACAAAAAUAGCCAAUUGCUUAGUGAAUGCUAGAGAAAAAGGAGAUAAUUGUGAUAUAAUCAAAGAAAAAUUCUCAGAACUUAGUGAAGAAGAGAGAGAAAAAUGGGAGAAAUUUGUCAGUAAUUCACUAGCAGAUGUUAAUAAGAAAAAUACAAUAGAAUUUGUAAGUACUGAUGCUGUUAUUACUUCCAGUAGUGAAGAUGAUGACUCUGAUUUUAAAGACAUUCCAUUUCCUCAGGAUACUGCCAUGCAACAGGCCUUCUCUGAUUACCAGUUACAACAAAUGACCAGUACGUUUAUUGAUCAGUUUGGUUUCAAUGAAGAUGAAUUUGCUGAGCAAGAAGAUAGAAUAGAUGCACCAUUCAACGAAAGAAUAUCCAGUAUAGAUUUUAAUAUCAAGGCUGACGAAGAAAAUACUGCUAAUACAGCUAUGUUUGAACAAGCUUGUAAUCAGAAAAUACAACAAUUUGAUGAUAAUGAUAGUGAUGAAGAUAUCUGGGAAGAGAAACCGUUAACAUAUGAUAAAAAUUCACUGCCUAAUAUGAACCAUAGACCAGUGUAA